CGCUCGUAUCGUGCGGGUUGGUCCAUUUGUUUUCAUUGAAAGUGCCGUGACAUUUGUGCAAAAUUGUGUAUUUUCAUCAAAGUUGUUUUUCAGAUAAAUUUGCACAAAUUCGUCGAAAUCGUUCCGAUAAAUUCGAUCGAACGGAUAAUUGGAUUACCAGUGAAUAAAAUUGUGUACCAUUUUGGUGGUGAUAAAGGUAUUUUGUGAAUCGACGAGUGAAAGCUCACAAACCACCUCCCAUUAAUUGGGUGGUGGUGUUCAGUGGAUAAGAGGUUUGACCUCUUGGUGUUGUGAAACAAAUAAAAAAUAAAGGAAAAGAAAAAUACGAAAAUUAUCCGAUAGAAAAUUAUAGUGAGGAAUAUAAUUGAGUGGAUCAUUGUCAUUGUGUGCAUUAUAUAUCGAAGAGAGGAAGAUUUCGAGAAAAGAAAGUGAAAAUUGUGUGAAUAAGAAAGGAAAUAAUAAAGAAAAGUGUUUUGUGGCUUUGAGUGUGACUGUUGAAAAACAGAAAAUUUUCAAACAUGGAGCAACGCACAAAAUGGAUUACGAAAAUUAUUUUCAUCGCUGUUUUGGUAGAUCUCGGUUCAACUGCAAACACUGAAGCUGACACCAAAGGACCGAUGUUCUUAAAGGAGCCAAUAAAUCGUAUAGACUUUUCGAAUUCCACCGGAUCUGUUGUCGAAUGUCGAGCGAGUGGCAAUCCAGCACCGGAAAUCAUAUGGGUUCGUAGUGACGGAACGGCCGUUGGUGAUGUACCUGGAUUACGACAAGUCUUAAGCAACGGAAAUCUGGUAUUUCCACCGUUUCGCGCCGAAGACUAUCGUCAAGAGGUGCAUGCUCAAGUGUACGCUUGUCUUGCCAAAAAUCAAUUCGGAUCAAUUAUAUCGCGGGAUGUGAAUGUCCGAGCUGUGGUUCACCAGUUCUAUCAAUCGGAAGUAAAUAACGAGUAUGUUAUCCGUGGUAAUUCAGCUGUUCUUCGUUGCUCGAUCCCCUCCUUUGUGGGUGACUACGUUACUGUAUUAUCAUGGCAAGAUGAAAAUGGAAACUUGUACGGAUCGCUAGACGAUAAUUCAAAAGACAAUUUUGAUGGUAAAUACCUCGUAUUACCAUCCGGUGAAUUGCAUAUUAAAGAAGUUGGACCAGAGGAUGGCUAUAAAAGCUAUCAGUGCAGAACGAAACAUCGAUUGACCGGAGAGACAAGGCUUAGCGCAACUAAGGGACGACUGGUAAUUACUGAACCUGUCGGAAGUGUAGCGCCCAAAGUAAAUGUGGCUGAUAAAGGUCACAUAUCGAGUGCAAGAACUGGUCAUACGACUGACAUAUUAUGUCCAGCUCAAGGAUAUCCAAUGCCCGCUUUUAGAUGGUACAAAUUCAUUGAAGGAACCACACGCAAACAAGCGGUUGUCUUAAAUGAUCGUGUAAAACAGGUAUCCGGUACACUGAUCAUUAAAGACGCUGUCGUCGAAGAUUCUGGAAAGUAUCUAUGCGUGGUUAACAAUUCCGUUGGUGGCGAAAGUGUUGAAACCGUUUUAACUGUAACCGCACCAUUAUCAGCCAAAAUUGACCCGCCCUCACAAGUAGUAGAUUUCGGAAGACCAGCAGUAUUUACGUGUCACUUUUCCGGAAAUCCAAUUAAGACUGUGUCAUGGUUGAAAGAUGGUAAGAAAAUCGGUCACACCGAUGCUAUUCUGAGGAUCGAAUCGGUUAAGAAGGAGCAUAAGGGAAUGUACCAGUGUUUUAUUCGGAAUGAUCAAGAAAGUGCUGAAGCAUCUGCUGAAUUGAAAUUGGGCGGACGAUUCGACCCACCAAUCAUUCGACAAGCUUUCCCGGAAGAAACUCUACAUCCUGGCCCAUCAGUCUUCUUGAAAUGUGUUGCUGGAGGCUUGCCUACUCCUGAAAUAUCUUGGGAACUGGAUGGAAAGAAGAUUGCCAAUAGCGAACGCUAUCAAGUUGGACAAUAUGUUACCGUUAAUGGAGACGUCGUUUCAUAUUUGAAUAUAACAUCCAUUCACGCUAACGAUGGAGGUUUAUACAAGUGCAUCGCCAGCAGCAAAGUUGGUGUAGCAGAACACUCAGCCAAAUUGAACGUUUACGGCCUGCCUUACAUUCGACCAAUGGAAAAGAAAGCAAUCGUUGCCGGUGAAAAUUUAAUCGUUACAUGCCCCGUUGCUGGUUACCCAAUCGAAUCGAUUGUGUGGGAAAGAGAUAAUCGCGCGUUGCCGAUAAACAGGAAGCAGAAAGUUUUUCCCAAUGGAACAUUGAUCAUUGAAAAUGUGGAGCGGAACUCGGAUCAAGCGACCUAUACAUGCGUUGCCAAAAAUUCAGAAGGUUACAGUGCCCGAGGAGCUUUAGAAGUUCAAGUUAUGGUUCGUCCACUCAUAACACCGUUUGAUUUUGGAGAUGAGCCAACAAAUACCGGUGAAAUGGCUGGUGUUCAAUGUAUGAUUGCUAAAGGGGACCUUCCACUUGACAUAUUUUGGACACUAAAUUCACAGCCUCUGGUUUCUGGAGAAGAUCACAUUGUCAUUACUAAACUUAAUUCACGUACAAGUUCUUUAAGUAUCGAAUCUUUGACAUCACAUCACCGUGGAACAUAUCAGUGUAUAGCUAGAAACAAAGCCGGAUUUUCUUAUCAUUCGUCGGAGCUUAAAGUUAACGUACCGCCGAGAUGGAUUCUCGAACCAACUGACAAAGCUUUUGCUCAAGGAUCUGACGCUAAAGUUGAAUGCAAAUCGGACGGUUUUCCAAAACCUCAAGUAACAUGGAAAAAAGCUGUAGGUGACACGCCCGGAGAAUACAAGGACAUGAAGCAAAGCAAUAACAUUCGUGUGGACGAAGGCACUUUAUACAUCGACAAUAUUCAAAAGAACAACGAAGGAUACUAUCUGUGCGAAGCAAUCAACGGUAUCGGAUCGGGACUUUCAGCUGUGAUUUUGAUCAGUGUACAAGCACCACCGGAAUUCGUUGAAAAAUUACGAAACCAAACCGCUAGACGUAGUGAACCAGCUGUAUUACAGUGCGAAGCGAAGGGAGAGAAACCGAUCGGUAUUUUAUGGAACAUGAACAAUAUGCGAUUGGACCCAAAGACUGACAAUCGAUACACAAUCCGCGAAGAAAUUCUUUCAACGGGAGUCAUGUCAAGUCUGUCUAUUAAACGAACAGAAAGAACCGAUUCGGCACUGUUUACCUGCGUUGCAACAAAUGCAUUCGGAAGCGAUGACGCCAGUAUAAACAUGAUCAUUCAGGAGGUUCCGGAAAUGCCAUACGCAUUGAAAGUUUUGGAUAAAUCGGGACGAUCAGUGCAAUUAAGUUGGGCUCAACCCUACGACGGAAAUUCGCCCCUGAAACGAUAUAUUAUCGAAUUCAAAACGUCCAGAGGUUCUUGGGAACAUGAUGUUGAUCGAGUGAUUGUACCUGGCCAUACUAACGAAGCACAAGUACAAAAACUAAAUCCGGCAACGACUUACAACAUUCGCAUCGUUGCUGAAAAUGAAAUUGGUGUUUCUGAUUCAUCCGAAGUAGUUCCAAUCAUAACAGCAGAGGAAGCUCCAUCCGGUAAACCACAAAGCAUUAAAGUUGAACCGUUAAGUCAGACAUCGUUAAGAGUAUUAUGGAAGGCACCACCUCGCUCCGAUUGGAAUGGCGAAAUUCUUGGUUACUACGUUGGAUAUAAGUUGACGAAUAAUAACGGAUCGUACUACUUCGAAGACUACAAGUACAUGAUGGAAGAGGGCAAGGAAUACAGUUACGAGUUGACCAACUUGAAGACAUACACUCAAUAUUCGGUAGUUAUUCAGGCGUACAAUAAAGUUGGAGCUGGUCCGCUGAGUGAGGAUGAAAAACAAUAUACCGCAGAAGGAACUCCCGAUCAACCCCCAAGUGAUAUAACCUGCACAACUUUAACCUCACAAACAAUUCGCGUCUCUUGGGUCAGUCCUCCAUUGGAAUCGGCAAAUGGUGUUAUUAAAGGAUACAAGGUGGUGUAUGCGCCCAGUGAAUUGUGGUAUGAUGACAAAAACAAGGAUUACAAAAAGACAGCAUCGAGUGAUACAGUUUUGCAUGGAUUGAAAAAGUACACCAACUACACCAUGCAAGUAUUAGCAACGACGUCCGGUGGAGAUGGCGUCCGAAGUCCCCCAAUUCAUUGCCAGACUGAACAAGAUGUUCCGGAAGCUCCUACCGCCGUUAAAGCCCUAGUUGUCGGAUCCGAAGCUAUCUUGGUAUCGUGGUUGCCUCCAGCUCAACCAAAUGGCCUCAUUACACAGUACACCGUCUACUCGAAAGAAGAAGGUACUGAAUCGGAAGUGAAAAGUCACAAAGUUCCACCUUACCAGAUGAGCUACGAAGCGUCCAGCUUGGACAAGAAUAAGCCAUUCGAAUUUUGGGUGACAGCCAACACGAAUAUUGGAGAAGGUCAAGCAUCUAAGAGUAUUGUGGCAAUGCCUAGUGAUAAGGUUCCCGCUAAAAUCGCUUCGUUCGAUGAUACAUUUACCGCAAUAUUCAAAGAAGACUUUAAACUUCCUUGUUUGGCUGUUGGUGCACCAGCUCCCGAUAUCACGUGGAAAGUGAAAGGCGUCGAAUUCGUACCCAACGAUCGUGUUCGUCAAUUGCCCGAAGGUUCUCUUUCCAUCAAAGAUGUAAUUCGACAAGAUGCUGGUGACUACACAUGCAUGGCCGAGAAUUCAAUAGCCAAGGAUUCAAUUACGCACAAGUUGAUCGUUUUGGCUCCUCCUCAGUCACCUCAAGUGCUAUUGACUGCUACUACCACCGAUUCGUUAACAUUAAAAUUGAAACAACACGAUGGCGAUACAGCUCCGAUUCACGGAUACACUUUGCAUUACAAACCCGAAUUCGGUGACUGGGAAACUGUUGAAGUGGCGGUCGAUGCACAGAAGUAUACAAUCGAAAAUUUGUUCUGUGGCUCACGCUACCAAGUAUAUGCAACUGGUUACAAUAACAUUGGCGCCGGGGAAGCUUCAGACAUUUUAAAUACUCGAACGAAAGGCUCGAAGCCAAUGAUGCCGGAAAACUCAAAGUUCAUCGAUCCAUCUUCGAAUACUGUAACACUUCAUUUACCGACAUGGAAGGAUGGCGGUUGUCGCAUGUCCCAUUUCGUCGUUGAAUACAAAAAGAAGGACCACGCCGAAUGGACUCAAAUCUCUAACAAUGUUAAGCCGGGUGGCAAUUUCGUCGUAUUAGAUUUGGAUGCAGCCUCAUGGUACAGCGUACGGAUAACCGCUCAUAACAGUGCUGGAUUCACUGUUGCCGAAUACGAGUUUGCAACGCUUACCGUUACUGGAGGUACGCUUGCUCCGCCACUCAAUACGGCUGUGCUAAACGGCAAAACGUAUUUGCCGCCAUGGAUGCCGCAAUGGUUCGAUUUAAAUUUUAUGGUACCAUUGAUUGCCACUAUCAUAGUGGUAUUCGUUGGUGUAUUAGUUAUAUGUGUUGCCUUAUCGCGAAGACGUAUGGAAGAUCCCAGAGGUGGGCCGAAGGACGUAUAUUACGAUGUAGUUUACAAUCAGCCAAUGGGACCCGGAGCCACCAUGGACAAACGACGACCGGAUCUGCGCGAUGAACUUGGAUACAUUGCACCGCCGAACCGAAAAUUGCCACCAGUUCCCGGAUCGAACUAUAACACAUGCGAUCGCAUUAAGAGAGGUACAGUCAUAAGCCGUAGUAUGAGAUCAAAUCAUUCCACAUGGGAUCCUAGAAGACCAUUGUAUGAAGAAUUAAAACCUCCACCAGUUCCACGAAGACAUUAUCAUGGUUCGGAUGAAUGUUAUCACACUCAUCCACAUCCGCAUCCAGCAGGUAUGGAGGACGAAAUUUGUCCCUAUGCAACGUUCCAUUUACUCGGCUUCCGCGAAGAAAUGGAUCCCACGAAAGCAAUGAACUUCCAGACAUUCCCACAUCAAAAUGGUCACACAGGUCCCGGUCAUGCGACAAUGGGACCUGGUGGACCACCGGGACACAUUCAUUCCAGAUCGGGAUCGCAGUCGAUGCCGCGACAGAAUCGGUAUGCGCGUAAAAAUAGUCAAGGUGGUCAAAGUUCCAUUUACACUCCAGCACCCGAAUACGAUGAUCCAGCUAACUGUGCUGAGGAGGAUCAAUACCGACGGUAUACUAGAGUUAAUUCGCAGGGAGGUUCAUUGUACGGUGGUCCAGGGCCUGAAUAUGAUGAUCCAGCUAAUUGUGCACCCGAAGACGAUCAAUAUGGUUCGCAAUACGGAGCUCCAUACGGUUAUGAUCACUACGGUUCUCGAGGAUCUGUUGGUCGUCGUAGUGUUGGCUCAGCACGUAACCUUCCAAAUGGUUCCCCCGAACCACCACCACCACCUCCACGCAAUCAUGACACUAGUAACUCGUCGUUCAAUGACUCCAAAGAAAGCAAUGAGAUCUCUGAGGCUGAGUGUGAUCGUGAUCAUCCACGUGGAAAUUAUGGCGAAAAUGAGAAUUCCGGCGAUGCUAAAAGGUCAGCCAAUACAAAAGAUGUGCGCACCACCGAAGAAAUGCGUAAAUUGAUUGACAGUCGGAAGUCAAACGAAGUCGCAGCCAAACUCCAACAACAAGGUGGCCCCGCCGGACUCACAGCCUACGAUACUUUGGCAGUGUAAUUUGUAAAUUACAGUCAACCAUCAUUUUACUAAAACUCGAACAAUAUUUAAUAAUUUAAACAAAAAAGUAAAAAAGAAACAGAAGAAGAGAAAACCAGUAAAUUUAAUGUGUAAGUAUGCUAAACUAUACUCAACAAUAUUAUUACCAAGUGAAAAAUGAAUGAUAUCCAAAAUUAACCAAAGGAAAUUUUUUAAAUUUUAACAAAACAAGAAAAGAAAAAAAUGAAUUUAGCUCAUUUUCCAGUGACUAAAGUUAUUACAAAAGUUAAGAAAAAUAUUCAUUUUGAAAGAUUGAUUUUUUUAAAUAAAUUUUGAAUUCGUAAAUUGUCAUAAAUGGGUUUUUAAUCCAUAUUCGCGGAGCUAUACGCGUAUAGAUUAAGAACGAUCGAAUGAGGUUGCACUUUUUGAUAUAAAAAUGGUAACAUUGCAAAAGUUACAUUUCCGUGUUUUUUUACAAAUUAUUUUUUUUUGUUAUCAAAAAUUCUGUUUUUCAAAAGCACAAAAUUUGAAAAUUUUCGAUUCGAUUUGAUGUGUUACCAGUUACUAAUUAUUAAUUUUUAUUGAAUUGAUUUCCUUUUUAUUUUGUAAAAUUAGGAUUUUAUAAAAAUUUAAACAUUUCGGUGAAAAAAGGAAACAGCUUAGUUCUACCAUCAGCUUUAAUAGUUUUUAGUUUUGCUUAUUAUUAUUAUUAUUAUUAUUCGUCUUUGAUAUUAAUUUUAACCAAGAAAUUGGUCAAUAUAAAAUUUGAUAAAAUUUCGUGAACAAUUCAAUUUCACGUAGUGCAAUGUAAAGGCGUUUAGUUGAACUGAGACCUGAGACCAACGUGACCAUUUUAGUCUGUAAAAACGUUCAUGACAAUGCAUAUUAUUGACAUUGUUAUUACCAAAUUAUUAUCAAAAUCUUCGUCGACUAUAGGUAAAUUCUUCUAAUAAAAUGAAGAUUCUCUAUUCGAAAAAAAUAAAUUUAGUCGCCAAAGCCACAUCCGAAUACCAGACGCACAGCUAAUUUAAUUUUAGUAUUAUGUCGUUUAUCGUCCAGACUAUCAUCAACGGAAAACUUUGUUAAUCCCAUUUCCUUAAACUAGAAAUCCAAGCCGAGAACAAUUAAAAGAUUCUGAAAUGCACUCAAUUAGUCUUCCAAAUUUGCAUAUCCUUCCAAUUUAUAAACUUGUUUAAUUUCCACGUCCUAAUCCUGCACUUUGAAUUUUAGAGUUUCCCAAUGCACAACUACCACUAAUGUUAAUAAUUGAAAGAAAAUUUAUAAAAAAUCGUUUUUUGUCAAGGUUGUGUGAAAAAGGGUUGUGCAGAGAUCUAAAUUAUAUUUUCAAAAAUUACACAGAGACUAUUUUCUAGCAACCACAUCAAUCCACCUGUUCAUAUAUUUCUGUAAAAUUAUAUAUUCCCAGCACUCAGCGUCUUUACAUUGUAAAUCGACAUUGAAAUUUAACGUUAAAAUGAUUCGUAUGCUAAACAAGUUCGCUCCAAAAAAAAUUAUUAUUUGAAAUUCGCGCAUUUGUGUUGUGUUAGUUCAAGCAAAAGAAAAAAAAAAGUUUUUUUAAAAAAGAAAGUUCAUUACACCAUUUAACUCUAAAUGGAACAGAAAUAAUACCAAAUGGCUCAAAAAUAGAAGUGAUAUGAAAGGAGAAAGUUGUCUUUUCUUAGAGUGGAAUGAAAAGUCCUUCGAUUUUUCAUGGAAUAGUUAUAGAAUAAGGAUCUAUAUCACCAUACAAUAGACAUCAAGACAUCAAUUUUUGAUUUUUAUAUACAAUUUACUGCGUCAAUUUUUGCUUUAUUUUUAGUAUAGAUUGCUUCGAUAAGCUUGCGCAAAUUAUCAUUUUGCGAUUGAUACAACUUUUGUCUGGUUACUCUUAGCCUAUUAUUGAUUGCCUAAUUAUAUAGUUGUGGGAUCAGUAAAACCCCAUGAACAAAACGUUUCGAUGAAUAUAUCCAUUCGGAUAACGCUCCAUUAUUUCAUUUAAAUAAGUAAGUCCGACAAUCAAAAUAGUUUGUCCAGAAUUAAAAUUUCGAA